AUGGGCCCGACUAAUCUAGAAGUAGAGCAGACUGUCCUCGCCGAUGCGCCGGCCGCUCGAGAUGAGGAAAAAGCCACUGUUAAUGCCUCCAACUCGCCUGACGAAAAGCAAAAUGAGGAGCUAACGUUUGACACGGGCUUCUUCUCCUGGCUUCAAGUGCUAGGCUCGUUCUUUCUCUUCUUUAAUUCAUGGGGUGUCAUCAACACAUGGGGUGCAUACCAAACCUAUUAUGAACAGACAUUGCUCGCCGACACGUCUUCAUCCACAAUCGCCUGGAUCGGGUCGUUGCAGUCGUUCCUUCUGAUGUUGAUUGGCGUCAUCACAGGCCCUCUCUUCGACGCAGGCUAUUUCCGGGGACUCAUUGGGUUCGCAAACUUCAUGCUACCAUUUGGCUUGAUGAUGACUAGUCUUUCGACCAAGUACUGGCACCUCAUUCUCGCUCAAGGAAUCUGCGUGGGUCUUGCGGCUGGCUGCCUCUUCGUGCCUUCUGUCGCCAUUCUACCACAGUACUUUCGCCGCAAGAGAGGUUUCGCGAACGGACUUGCCGCCAGCGGUAGCAGCAUUGGCGGUGUCGUAUAUCCCAUCAUGUUCAAUCAGCUGCAGGAGAAAAUCGGAUUCCCGUGGGCCACUCGAGCUAUCGGAUUUCUCUGCUUCGGAACCACCUUUAUCUCGUUUAGCAUCAUGCGAGUCCGGUUUGCGCCAAAAGAGAAACGCAAGCUUUACCAGUUCUCUGCUUUCAAAGAUCCUGCAUACUGCCUGUUCGCCGCGGCAAUGUUCCUGGGUUUCCUAGGCUUUUACAACUUCCUUUUCUAUGUGCAGUCUUACGCCAUCGACACCGGAAUUGUGGAUUCAAAUUUGGGCUUCUACCUGCUGUCCAUGCUCAACGCUGCCUCGACCUUUGGUCGUAUUGGACCCAACUUCAUCGCGGACCAUACCGGCCCCCUCAACAUGCUUACGCCCGCCGUUACUAUCACGUCAAUCUUGGCCUUUGUCUGGAUCCGGGUCCACACGGUUGCCGGUAUGAUUGUCUUGACCAUCCUUUACGGUUUCUUCUCAGGUGGAUUCGUGUCACUCCCGCCUGUGGUGAUGGCGAGCAUGACACCGGAUGUUCGGGAUCUCGGUACCCGCCUCGGUAUGGUGUUUGCCAUUACCUCCAUCGGCCUAUUGAUUGGCACACCUAUUGGCGGAGCUAUUCUGGCCGACACCAACAACUACCUAGGUGUCCAGCUCUUCACUGCUUGCUGUCUUAUUGCAUCUGCCGCGCUCAUGGCCUCCCUGAGAUUUGUACGCUCUGGUCCUCACCUGGUGGCCAAAGUUUGA